CUUCGGGCAAAAACUCAAACCCAUCGCUGUGCCUCUCGUCGGUCGUUGUUCGCCUGUGGUUGCGCGAAGAACCUGCGCUGCUGCUGCUGCUGCUGCUCUGCCUGAUCUUCGUCUGCUGCUGCCUGUUCUGAUUCAUGAAAUAGUGCUGCUGUCAUCUGACGCUCUGUUCUCUGUUUCUCUGUUCUGUUCCGCUGUUCUGGUCGUGACCACUGGCUUCUCCGCAUUUCCGUCGGCGUGAGUGGGCGUCCUCUUCUCCGCUGUUCGGAUAACGUCAUAUACUUCUGUCUCCGUUCUCCAUCCUUGCGGUGACCUCUGCUGUACCGUACCUCGCUCUGCUCCUUGUCCGCCUUUGGCUUUCGGAUCCUAUCUGCAAACUCUCUGAUCCCGCCUAUAUAUAUAACUAUGAUCAUCCCUACCCCGCCACUCGCUCUCUUCCCCACACUCUUCUCUCCCUUGCUGCAAACCCACCAUGUCGCAAGCAAAGAAAUUCGCCCCCUCGGCAUCAAAUGUUGAAAACUCCGCCGCCGUCGUCGACACCUCCUCGACCUCCUCUGGCGUGGACCACUCCCGUCUGCCCCGCGCUGACGACGACACAACCCUGCGCGAGAAAGACAACCUGAACGGUCUUGUUGAUCCCAACAACCCGCUAAUCGGAAUAUCCGAAGAGGAGCUCCUCGCCUCGGCUACCGCCUACGCCAUGGAGCACGACAUGGAGGACUACGUCGACGAGUUCAGGAAAGGUGCGCUCAUCGCGCAAAACCCGGCUGGUCUAGGUAGAGACAUCAGCAUGCUCACCGACGCCGACCGCCAGUCUCUACUCUACGAAUACGAGCACCGCUGGUCGCAGCCCAAGGCGCUGUAUUCCCUCGUCGUCCUGUGCUCGCUGGCGGCAGCCGUGCAGGGUAUGGACGAGACCGUCAUCAACGGCGCGAAUCUGUUUUACCCCUCGCAGUUCGGCAUCGGCUCGAACUCGGACUACGACACCUGGAUCGUCGGACUGGUCAACUCCGGUCCUUAUCUCUGCUGCGCGGUUAUCGGAUGCUGGAUCUCGGGCCCGAUGAACAACUUCUUUGGUCGCCGGGGAACGAUCUUCAUCUCCUGUCUGAUCGCGGCCGCGACCUGUAUCUGGGGUGCGUGCACCAAUACCUGGUGGCAUCUCUUCAUCUCGCGGUUCUUCCUCGGUCUCGGCAUCGGCGCAAAGUCCGCGACUGUGCCCGUCUACUCUGCCGAGUGCACGCCCGCCGUCAUCCGCGGCGCGCUCGUGAUGAUGUGGCAGAUGUGGACCGCGUUCGGGAUCAUGCUCGGCUACGUCGCCGACGUGGCCUUCUACUACGUGCCCGACAAGCACAACAUCACGGGUCUCAACUGGCGCCUGAUGAUCGGCUCGGCCUGUUUCCCCGCGAUCCUCGUCUGCGCACAGGUGUUUUUCUGCCCAGAGUCGCCGCGCUGGUACAUGGGCCGGAACCAGCACCGCAAGGCGUUUGAGUCGAUGCAGGUCCUGCGCGGCAACGACCUGCAGGCUGCGCGGGAUGUGUAUUACAUGCAUGUCUUGCUCGUGCAGGAGCAGGAGCUCAAGCGCGGACAUAACCUCAUCCGCGAGCUCGUGACGAUCCCGCGCAACCGCCGCGCCGCGCUCGCGUCGUGGAUUGUGAUGUUUAUGCAGCAGUUUUGCGGAGUCAACGUGAUUGCGUACUACUCGUCCUCGAUCUUCCAGGACUCGGGCUUCUCUGCCGUCUCGGCGCUGCUGGCCUCGAUGGGGUUUGGUAUCAUCAACUUUCUGUUUGCGAUCCCGGCCGUGUACACGAUCGACACUUUUGGUCGCCGGUGGUUGCUCCUCGUCACGUUCCCGCUCAUGGCGCUCUUCCUCCUCUUCACCGGCUUCUCGUUCUACAUCCCAGGCGAGAAAGCCCGCGUCGGCUGCGUCGCGCUCGGAAUCUACCUCUUUGCGAUCGUAUACUCGCCUGGUGAGGGCCCCGUCCCGUUCACCUACUCCGCCGAAGCCUUCCCGCUCUACAUCCGCGACCUCGGCAUGUCCUUCGCGACCGCAACCACCUGGUUCUUCAACUUCAUCCUCUCGCUCACCUGGCCCCGUCUCCAAAAAGCGUUCACAACCCAAGGCGCGUUCGGCUGGUACGCGGCCUGGAACGUGAUUGGUUUCUUCCUCGUGCUGUUCUUCGUUCCAGAGACGAAAGCGCUCACGCUCGAGGAACUAGACCGUGUCUUUGCGGUCCCGACGAGGACGCAUAUGAAGUACCAGCUCUCGAUGGCAAAGUGGUUUGUCAACGCGCGGGUGUUUGGCAAAAAGGACGCCGUGCGGCCGCCGCCUUUGUUUGAGCUGCGGUAUGUUGCGCCGGUUCGAGAUGAGGAUUUGGAGAAGGGUGCUUAUUAAAUCAUUUGCGUUGUUUUUUGUUUUUACAUGUGACAUUUACCGAGUAUACAUACAUCGUCUC